UGCCGAAGGUGAAACGUGAAAAGCCCAUCAUUUUGCAGUGCGGUGGACAGUUUCAAUCAAUAAAUUGCGACGUGCAGGUCGUUAGCUCCUUGAAAUUAGUGCGUUUCUACAUCAUCGUGAGGCAUAAUGUCGCUUGUUCCGAUCCUUUACCGCGACUGGUGGGAAGACGUUUGGGACUCACCGUUGCGUAGUUCUCGAUUGAUGGAUCAACAUUUUGCAGCGGGACUACUGGCGGAUGAUUUAUUUCACGCGGUAACGACAUGCCCAGGUCCGCGGUAUCACGGAUAUGGCCGUGGUUACUACCGGCGUCCAUGGCUUACCCCACGGUCCCAUCAAGAUACCGGUUCAGUAGUCAUUUCGGAUGGUGACCGAUAUCAGAUCAACCUUGAUGUGCAACAUUUCGCACCGGAUGAGAUCAGCGUCAAGACGGUCAACGAUACGGUUGUGAUAGAAGGGAACCACGAGGAGAGGCAGGAUGAACACGGCUACGUUUCCAGGCGCUUUGUGCGCAAGUACGUGCUGCCAAGUGGUCAUAGUCCAGGGGAUGUUGUUUCGUCAGUAUCCAGAGACGGGAUGCUUAAGGUAAUGGCCCCGAAAAGGGUGCAGCCUGCUGCCGUCGUUGAACGAGUAGUUCCGAUAACGCAAUCUGAUGAAAACGUUAAGAACGCGCCAUCGGAGGAGAACACGAACGACGUAAAUCAGUAGAAGCUCGCAUGUGUUACCAUUCCAAAUCAUCGUAUUACCAGUACAGUUGAUGGGGAGCGACGAGAACUGUCACUGCAUUGCAACGAAACUUUUGCCUUAACCAAACCAAAUUGUGCGCUCUUUUUCCUUGAUUGAUGGAGUGUGUCAGUCCUUACGUACAUGUCAAGGACACUGUAGUUGACUAUAAUUUCUGUCAGUUAGAAUAGAUAUCGCGAAUAAUUUUAAGAAAAUGAUUUCGCUCCUUUAGCUAGAUUUUGUAGGUACUUGGUACACUUUUAUGUUUUUUCGGCUAACGGCGAUGUAGAAAAUCUAAGAAAAUCUCAUUGUCAUCAGUGAGGAUGCCACACUAUUUUAUUAUGCCGAGAAUUCUAUCAACGAAAUGCGCUUAAAUCUGUAUAUUUGCUUUGUUGCUAGGAAACAGUACCAACAGUGAUACAUACCAAUAUGCGUACAAAGCUAUGAAAAAUGUUUUUAUGAACGCUAUAUGUAAACUUUAUGCCGUUUUUCAUUGAAAAACAUCGGGUUAGUGGAUCGUGGUGUUCCACUCUCUAGCAAAAGUGGGAAUGAAACACAUUCAUUGGUCUGAUCUUUUGCCAGAAAAUAUAACCCAAGUGCAAUCCAAUGCCCCUGGGUUUUUCAAUCAAAAUCACCAGAAGUAUUCGAGGAAUUUUAUUUAUGCCAAACAACAUUACGAAUAAUCUUUCUAGUACAAAUAUUAUUUGUUUCAAAUAUAAACGUAAUCAAAUAUAUAGUCAAGUAUACAUUCAAACUUACCAGAGCAUUUACAUUUUUUUAAUGGGUUGAAAUGUUAUAAUCGGUAUUUAAUGUGGAAAUCUAUGUUUGUAAUUACAGUUUUCAAUUGUUUUGAAAUUGUUUGCUGUGCAUUUAACGGAAAUUUUCUCCCAUUUUUUUUAAAACUUGAUUUCUAUGGUUAUUUUUGGCAGAAACCUAGUUAUUUCCCAUUGUCCAAAGGAUUAAUAACAAUAGUUUGCGUGGGAGUAUCAAUAACUGUCCCAUUUUACUUGCACAUAGUUUCAUAAUUUCUUUGAGGGAUACUCAUAUUUAAAUGAACAUUCUGGUCCAUCGUUUCAUACGUGAAUAUCAGAUAUAUUCAAUUUAUUUGUCUUCAGCAAACUUUUCUAAAUCUUAUCGUUCUGCAACUUCACUGAAGGGCGUAUGGCUCUACCUAGAAUGAUUAAAAAGUUAAAUUUUGGAUCUUGAUAAAAUUAGAACCACCCUAACUGUUGUUCUAAUAAAAAGAAGGUGCUCACAGAUUAUGAAAAUUUUUUCAAAGACAUAUUAAGGUUUAGUUUUAGUAAAAUCUCAAAAUUCCUGCUAAAUUUGCAUUCUGGACUACUGUACAAUGGAAAGUUGCGUUCACUUGCACCAUUGGAUAAUCAAUAAUAUUAAAAAUGAAUAUCUUCAUGAACAUAUACCGUUAAGCUACCGCUAUGAGUCGUGUCAAAUAAACGAAUAAACGAGUCGUGUCAAAGAAACGAAUUUAAUUAAUUAAAUGUGUGUCCAACAAUAAAAAAUAAAAAAAACACCUUUAACAGGCCGACGAGGGUAUCUACCUGGAAACCCACAAACUGAAAAGCGCAUAACUAUGGCUUCCUUUAACCGAUUGGGAUAAUUUUAGAUGUUUUGGAUUCAGAAACUCCAAUUUUUGAUUCCAUGAAAUUGAACCAGAUGAUUGCAUCUGGUUCUUGGUAAUCCGGAUCUUCUGUAGUAAUGUUCCAGUACUAGGGUAUGAUUUCUAAAUUUUAAUAAUGUCCUAGCAAUAUAAGUAUCAAAACCCUUAAAAUUGUCCGGAAUUCGGAAGUUAUUUAUUGUUACUGGACCAUAUGGCAAUUUG